UGAAAAAAUCACAAUUAAAUAUUCUAAAAAUAAUUCGACGAGUGAUUAAUUCUUUAUUCAUGAAUUGACAAGUUUCGGCUGAACUAUUAUUCAGCAUUACGACAUCAAGUUAUAUUGGGAAAGCAUAAACAGAAAUCACUUUCAUUUGGCUUUAGCUUGGCGUUUCUUUCGUCUUCCUUCCGUCUAUUCUUUGUCUUCAUGACACUGCGAGCUGACACGAGCUUAAACAGUCAGACGGUUUCAAUAUCCCACAUUCCAUGCAAUACAACGUUAUCAAACUGUACAUUUAAGAGAAACACUUCAGGACCAUAUGAUGAUUCGCUAAACCAAGAAAAUUACACACUUCAAUACAGACUCGUAUCACAAACUCUUUUAAAACAUUGCCAACUCAGUUCUUCAUUUCGUUGUGUACAUACACUAUCUCGUAGUUGCGUCGCAUUCCGUAUAAAAAAAACAAUUCCCAAGGCCACUGUAGCACAUUAAGGCGAUAGCGGCAAUAAAUAUAAUCGUGCAAAUAGUACAAGGUCUGCGUUCAAGGAAGAAACUUGCCAAAUAUAAAGUCAUAAACAUUGAGUGAUGCUGAAGAAGGAACAAGUUCGCUGGUUUAGGUAUCAACAACAACGGUAAAAGCCAUUGCAAACAAUACAUAUUUCUUCUUGGCAGCUCGUUCUUGUCUUUAGAUAAAAUAUAUAAAUUACUGUAGUUCAUAUACUGCUUAAAGAUUCUCUAAACGUCAUUGUUUUUGCUUGAAAUUCGAGACAACUUUUGUCAAUUUUGUUUCAUAAUUCGUGAUGAUUCAUUGCAUUCAAUCGUUUGAUUUGUUCGGAUUACUGGAAAUAUUUGUCGCGUUAAAUAUUUCCUGUACAAAACUCCUUUAAGGAGUUCUAGAAAUUUCAUUCUUUUUAUUACCAUUUCGUCUAUAUUUAGUUAUAUAGAACGUUUAACAGCUAGUCAAAGAAAUCUUUGGGCUGUAAUUAAGCUUUGGAUAUUAUGGAAAAUAUUCUUGAAUUGCAUUGUUAAAAUAUUCGCCAAAUUGAUGCUUGUUCGACAUUUUUUACCCGACAAACAUAGCGAUCGUUUAUCAUCGAAAGUGAUAGUGGUUUUCAGUUAAAUGAGUUUGAGAAUCUCUUUCAAAAUAUUGACUUUAUUCGGUAAUGGCUGAGCGAGAAGUUGAAGGGAUGGAGAAAGAAGAACGUGUAGAAUCUAUGGAUGUAGAAAAAGAAAAAAUUGAAAAUGAAGAUUUACAAUAUAUUCCUGAGUGUCCUGUUUGUUUACAAACGUGUACCUUGCCAGUGAAGCUUACUUGUGGACAUAUAUUCUGUUUUCUUUGUAUAAAAGGCGUUGCAUUUCGUAGCCGAAGAUGUGCCCUUUGUAGGAAAGAUGUUGAUUUGAAAUAUUUUGACAAUCCUGAUAUUGUCCAUCUUGAUCCAAAAGUUUCCUUAGACAAUGAAGCACAUGAGGAGUCAUCAGAGGAAUUAGAUGGAUAUCAGUGGUAUUAUGAAGGACGAAAUGGGUGGUGGCAGUAUGAUAGAUCAUCCUCGGCUGAAAUUGAGAAGUCCCAUAAGGAAGGAAAGAGACUGUGUGAACUUCUUAUUGCGGGAUUUUCAUAUUUUGUGGAUUUUGAAAACAUGGUGCAGUUUCGAAGACUGAACCGCAAACGAAGAAUUAAACGGGAUGUUGUUGAUGCGGAGAAGAAAGGUGUUGCUGGUGUAAGGUUCGGAGCUCAGAGAUUGGACAAUCUUUCAAACAGGCAGAGAAUAACAUCAGACAAUGAUAGAUCAGAUAAUGUCUCAAACAGACAAAGACCAACAUCAAACAAUCAAGGAUUGGAUAUGUUCUUCAACAUUCAAAGACCAAUGCCAACUGACAUUAAUUUAUCCACUGCUGGUGCGGAAUUAGAAAGAAUGGUGAUUGGAUCUGUUGACAAUGAUGAUGAAAAUCGUAAUAAUUGUCUUGUUCAAACAGACAACACUCCGUAGCUUUGAUACAUUCAGAUAUGUAUAAAAUCAUGAGCUUUUGGCAGAUGUUUUAAACAAGAUCUCCAUUUCUCAUUGGUUUGGUUAUAAAACAUAGAACACUCAUAAAAAAAGAAUAUUUAUAAAAAAAAUACUCUUGUUUUUAAUGCUUUCCUCUAUUAAUUACAAUCUGCUGUGAUAAAAUUACUAAUUUUCGGCCAGAUUAAUGAUAAAGUCAUUUGUAAUUUACACCAGAUGUUUUGAAUUAAAAUGAACUAACUAUUGA